CAGUCGGGGAGGGGCGCGGCUGGACCCCAAGGUUUGGCCGAUGCUGAGCACCAAGAUCACGGUAUAUCUUUCUGCACCAUGGGCUCUGGGGGAGGGAGAAGUCAUCCGGUGCUUCGGGGGGCCUAUGGGUGCAGUCUUGCAAGCACUGGCUGGACUGCCUGGAGGUCUUCCGCUGGUGCGGAGCAGCGUCUUGGUGACUGCAUGGUGGCUAGGUGGCCCCGGAGCUCAGCAAGUUUGCAGCUGGCACCGCGCCCCCCAACCUGGAACAGACACUUGUGGAAAAUCCUGGCACUGGGGCUUUCGCGGCAGAGCGGUAGCCCUUGGCCCAACCGAUGGGGUCGCCCUCCCACGGUUAAGAGGUGGGGGCAUGCAGAAAAACAGGAGCUUCUCUGGUCCCUUAGCCUGCUUUCCUUUCAGGCUCACAACCUCCUCUGUGCAGGCGGCGAGUAUUUCCCUUUCACCGCACCGACCCCGCAGUGAAGGCGCACCGGCUGCAGCAGCGCCUGCCUGCGUCUCCAGGGUGAAGUCGCCAAGCGACCGGGAGGAUGAGAGGGCGGCGGAGAAACUGGAGGGGGGCAGCCUGGGGCUCCAGACUCCUUCCUAUCUGCUCGGAGAGCAGUUUGCAAAACCCGUUAGACAGAAGGCAUCCCCAUCAGCUACAGAUGCCGCGAAAGGAGACGCGGCUCGGCGGCGGGUACCAGGCUAGUAUCCCUCGUCCACCAGGUGCUGCCGUGUGGGAAACUGGCUACUGCUCGUCCGUUUCUCUUCUGCUUGCGCAGGCACCGGUCCUGUUAGAUGGAUAUCGAAGCUUUUUUUUUUCCUUCUACUUCAAGUGCCCUCUAGCGAGCAAUAUCUGCGCAGGUUGCUAUGUAGAAAGAAGCAGAAGGAAGAAAGAAAAAAAGCAAUCCACCAAUUGUCCUCAUUCCUGAACUGCUCCACUCUCCCUCUUUUUUCCUCAGCAGGGUCAUUUCCACACAAGUGUUUGGCAAAACAAAAAAGGUGUUGUUGCUUUUGCAUGCAAAACAAAUCACUCAUUUACUAAACUGUAAAGCGAACGUUAAUCUUUUCUCAGGGGUUUCUUUUGAGCAUUCAUCAUGAUUUUUCCCCAAGUUUCAUGCACUGUGGUAAUCAGGCAAAUAAAAGGAGGUAAGUUGCUC